GUAGUAAAGUAAAGUAGUUGUAAAACAGGUAAAGUUCUCUCCUCAGUCACACUUUGGGUCUCAGAGACGCGCAAAAGUAACUAACUUUCCUAUCAGAUUGAUUGGUGAUACAAUUAAAAUAAAAUUUUGAAAAAAUAAAAGUAGAGAUAUAAAGUGACCAUUGGAAUUUGAAAGGAGUGAAUUUUUUUAAAAAAUUGAGAAAUUAAAUACGAAAUACAUAAGGAAGUUGAAUUUUUCAAAAUUGUACCAUUUUUCAUGGCGGUUGACUAAUAAAGCUUCUAUUGCUCAAGGGAAGGUCGGUUACUUACUUAAUAAGAAGACCUCCAUCCAUGGCUCCUACCCAUUCCAGACUGACUUUCACCCCUGAUCGUGACCACUUUCGGGGUACUUUCUCCACGGUAUCCUCCAUGCAUUCUUGCUGCUCAGCCUGCGGUCAGUAGCGCCAGACCAGCCAUGCAAACGAUACAAUGAAAAGAAAGAGAAUCAAAUUACUGUAGCGGACACAAUUAACUAAUAACAAUUAAAAUCCGUAAUUAACCUGUCGCGUUGCUUACCGCGUCGCUGCGCGCCGCUCUGUCUGCAAAAAAGAAGAUUUACAAGUGCCAUUAUCAAGCCAAGACUACUACCUAAAAAACUGCCAACUUGAGAAAGUGAAUCUUCUCCAAUCGUCUGCCAAAUUAACGCCACAUGAUACUUACACACGACCCUUGAAGCAUGAUGACUCUGAAAGCGAGAGUAUUCUAAAGCUAAAAACCCAAUAAAAUAGAUACAAAAUUUAUCUCGUAAAUUGAUCUCGUUCUUUGAAAUCGAGGGGUUAAUUCGAGGUGUGUUUUAGUGUGUGUGUAAGUCUGCAGAAUCAUCAUGUUGGUGAAUUGGAGUGGGAAAUUGGGGCACGUCUUUGGGGGACGCAUCUUCAGGAUUCUUAUCCUAUUUUUGUGCGCCUUGGGCAUCCUUGUCGGCGUUUAUCGGGCGCGAGGAAACAGAAUUGAGAAGGAACAACUCCAAAAGAACAGGCCGCUUAAACACAGUGCGACCAAUUUAUUGCAAAGUUCGGCCAGUUCGCGAUGGGUAAUUGUCGCCAAUCCAGGCCCGGCAGGGGACCAAUUUGUCUGUUCGGUCGCCCGUGUCGCGAAAGAUGCCAAUUAUUCGUGGAAGACGAUCAUCAUUGGGGAAAAACUGGAAUGUUGCAGAAUGCCCGAUUGCUACUCUAUCCAUACGUCCCAAUUUCUACGGAUGAGUUAUCGCACGGCCUCCACGUUGAAAAGUUUGAUGGCGUCGGAGGUUGAAUUAAACAACAAUUCGACCACACCGAGUUCCUCCGCGUAUAAAGAAGUCGUCCGGAAUUUAGCCUACAUUUGGGUCAUCCAUCGCGGAGCCAGGCACGUUUUUGACGCUUAUGUCGAUGAAUAUAUUGCAGCCGGCGUAUCGAUCCCCCAAUUUGAAGAAGAACUAAGUCGACAACUCCACACCUUAGCCUUGGACGAAUCUCUCGCCCUGGUCGAAGACAGUAAGAUAAGUCACCACCGAAGUCGUGGGGGUGGCGGGGGGAGUGUUUUCCGCAACCCGUAUGCUCACUUUGGUCGGCCAGAUGUUCGUCUCGUCCCUGGGGGAACGGGGAACAAUUAUUUGGAACGGCACGGUCACCACGUCCCCCUCAGCGCGGCGGCCGGGGUGAAGCAUAACUCGUCCCGAAGAGCGUCGGAAUUUCCGACGUUUCGAAUCUGUGAAGUGAGACCACCUUCGAUUGAAAAGUUUCUCGAAAUCGAUGACGGUUGGUGGGAUCUCCGCGCUCCAGCCUUGGUUUUACCUGGCGAUACGAUGCCACCUCUCUGCACGCGAAAUACGAUUUACAAAUCCGACGUAUUCUGGGCACUUCCGAUCCUCCCAGACUACGCGUCGGGCAACGACAAUGGUACCGAGGAGCAAGACGUAUUUCCGGUAAAAAAUAGCACGUCCCGCAUCCCGCCCUGGUACAUAAGAGGUCUUUGGAGUCAAAGUUUGCUCGGCGAUCUGGGUGGGUCAAUUCGACUCACGUUGUCACGAGUCCCCACGUUGCAAUUGAAUCAGAAUUACUUCACUGGCGGCGACUACGAGCCUUCCUCCUCCCCCAGCACGUCGAAACUCUUGAAAAGAUGGCACUGCAAGUCCCGCUCAACCUUCCGCUGCCUUCUCCUCAUGUCGAAAGAACUCUCGAAAUCCGUCUACCUCCGAAAGCACGACCUCGCUCUUAUCGAGGCAUGGAUAAUCGACUUGAAAUCGAUCCAUUACGCGGAACCCCCCAUGCUCCCGAAAAGACGCUCCCAUACGAAUCCUUGCCUCGGGGCGGAUGGCCUGCACGGCGUUUCUUUCUUCCCCGCCCUGGAACCUCACUUGUCCUCCGUCGCCGAGUCCGAGUACAGUUUGGCGAAACGGAACGAAACGCUGCGAAGCUUGGUCAGUGCAGCGGACAGGCUCCGGGUCAAACGGGAUGAAGGGCUUUCCUCCGAUCUGACCCCACCGGGAGAGCGUUCCACAUAUUUUUCUACGGAUUGGAGCGCCUACAUUCCAGUGACGGAAUCAACGUCUGUCCAACGAUACGGGUCGUCAUCGUCAUCUUCUUCGUCAGAGGAUAAGAGUUCACAACUCUCCUCGAGCAACGGCCCCGUCACGUAUUAUGCCCAUUUCCGCGACGCCUUUAGAGAGUUGGAAGACUCCCCGUCGGAUUUUGUGAGGACGUUGGUCACCCAUUCGAAGCAGAAGGCCGAACUGGCCGAAAAACAUAGGCAGCAACAGCAGAAUAGGAAUGGAAAACAAUUUCUGACUCAACCGUUUCCGUUAUCAAAUUCAAAAUCGGGUUUCUCAUCGUCUGAAACUUCGUCUCAAGAGGAAGAGUUUCCCAUUUUGAAGGCAAUGACGGAAAAUAUGUGCACCGGUUUCGGACCUCUGAUUCCUUUCAAGCCGCGCAAAACGUAUGACGACCUCCUUCUCAUUGUCGUCUUUUCGAACCAGCAUUACGAUCUGAUCCCCACGCUGGAGGUCUUGUACCGUUCCAUCUUCCCGAAUAUGCUGUACUGUGGUCACCCCCAUGUCUCGGUGGACCUCUUUUUGAGAAAGUAUCAAACCGCGGAGCAUCGCUCGUUCUCCUUUCUUCCGACGUAUACACGAGCCACGUAUGAGUGCGUCCUGGGCGCGAUGGAGAUGAACUACGAGGUGAAAGGCUACAUCGUGAUUAGUGAUGAGACGCUCAUGAAAUCUUGGAACAUUGAGGACUUGGACAAGAAUAAGAUCUGGGUGAGCAGUUCCACGACGCAUGACUCUCGCCAUGUCCCCGUGACGAAGGCUUCCUGGAGAAAUUUGGACCCUCGUGGACAAAAACUACCCCGACUUUUGGACGGGAUUGUGAACACGUGGAAGCUCUUUACCUACAUUUUGGUUGGUCAUGAUGGAUGGAGUAUAGAUCAAGGUCAAGGGCAAGGGAAAAGUCAAGGUCAAGGGGGACCGAUUACUGUGAAGAAUAUCAGAGAGCGGAGAGACGUGGAAAAAGAAAAUGAUAAGAAUGGGAGUACCUCUGAUAAGGACAAGGAGUCCCUUGAAACCGGGGAAUCGUCCUACGUUUCCCAUCAGAUCGAUUCCCACUCCUACUCCCCCUUUGGAAACGACUCUUCCAGCGAUGUCGUCGCCGUGGUGGAGAGCAAGGCGGAAAAUUCGCUCAAGGCCGACCCCCCACUGUCCUUUGGUACUGGUGGUGGAGGAUGGGACCUCUCCCCAUCCGACUGGGACAACAAGGGCAGCACCAUCUUGAGCGAAACUUCCAACGAAACUACAACCACGACCGAGACGGAUGGCGAUGUUGAAGUUGGCGAAGAAGAUGAGAAUGAGUCCGCUUCAAAUGAUGAUCUUCUAACCGGAUCGUCACUCCCUUCCGCCUCGUCGUCACCAUCGUCUUCCUCCACACCGGAACCCAUCAUGGACGAAUUAGAGUCCAUCCUUCUCCCAACCCCGUUAUCGAGCGAGCUGCUGGACAGCUCUUCGUCAAACAAUUCUAAUAAUAAUAAUAAUACGAGUAAUAUAUCGUCCUCAACCUUGUCCAGUAGUUUGAGUGAUGGUGGUUCCGCCGGGGAAGAAUUGGAGGGUGGUGGUGACCUCGCCUCCACGACGACGGCGGGGACUGUCACCACGACCGGAGGAGACAGCUCGUCCGUUGGUGUUCCACUGUAUCACGUGGAACACGCCGAACCACCCACGCCCCCGACGUGGCAUCGACCAGGGGAUGAAGCCACGCUUCGUCCUGAGAAUAAUUCCACCUCGACAACAACCCCUACAACAACCACAACGCAAAAAAUGCCACUCCAAGAAACUGCAAAGUUCCUCAACAAGACUGUCCCCGGUGGUGGUGACGAAAUCCAAGAACACCAACGGGAAGUGAUCCCCCAGCGGCAGGAGGAAGAUGUCCCCCUCUCCGUUAAUUAUGACCCUCUUCCCAGCAUAACGACACCCCCCACUUUCCCAACAUCCUCCUCGACACGACCCCCCGCACAAUUUUUACAAAGCGCGAUAAACCCCAGUUCCGACUCGGAGCUGGUGGCUCGAGAAAUGGAGCUUUUACUAGAACAUGUGCAAGACGUUUACUUAAACAUGUUACAUGUCGUCUCAGAGUACAAAGAGUUUAACGAGUCCAAAUCACAAGAGUUUAGCUCAGAAGGACCAUCAGAAUCCAUAUUGUCCUCGACACGGUCAAGCCUACUCGAGGAUACUAAAUCGCAUCGAAUCUCCCCCCGAGAAUUUCGACAUAUCCGAUGCACCCUGCAAGAUGACGGGCACCAGUCGGAACUUUGCUCAUCUCUUCGUUCCUUCAUUUCCACCCUGGGACAAAAUCUGGGUGGGGAAAUUGAGUUAGACUAUGACACGAUUCCCAUGUAUUAUCUGCCCUCCUGGGCCACCAAAUCGUUCUACUCCGUUGCCAAUGUGCUCCUCCAUUUCGGCGUUAUGGAUGAGCUCGCCCUUCCCCUCUUAUUUCGUGGUCUGGCGAUUGAAGGGGACUGGGUCAAUUUGCGGAGAAGUGCAGCUCUAAAAGUCAUCUCGGAAUAUGAGGAGGAUUCACCCUCCCCCGUCUCCCUGCCCCCACCAAACGUUCGAUCGACAUCGUCCUCCUCGUCCGCAGAGGAAGAUUCGCCAUCCUCCCCAGCCCAUUAUUUUCAUCCCUUCAAUCUACACAAGGUUCACAGCGACUUGGACAAAAGGAAGCUCUUUUGUUCAAACUAUUUACUAAAAGUGUUUCAAAUGUAGGCUUGACGUUUAAAAAAAAAUUAAAAUUAAUCAUAAAGUCAUCUCACUUCAGUAUUUUUGUGUUUUGUUUUUUUUUCAUUAAGUUAAAAAGUUUUUUUAUCUAAUUUUCUUAUUUUAUUAUGUGAAACGACUUUUUUUGUGAAAUUGUGUGAAAUUGUGUAUGAUUUUUUUGUUUGAUAUUAUUCGGCUCGUUAUGUAGUUAUCUUCCUUAUCAGGUCCUUAAUAUGUACCUUAUCUGCUUGGGUAUAUGUAUGUAUUUUCUUCUUCUUCUUGGACUGACUCAUCGUCCAGAAACUUUUUAUCGUAAUGUGAUAUUGUUUUAUUGUCCAGCUACAAUAUGUUAUUAUUUAGAGAAAGAUAAAAUAAUAAUUUUUAGCCAAAUGAUUUUCUUGAAUUUUAAGAACGGCAUUGCUUACAUGCAAGAACAAAAAGUGAAUUAUAAUAUAUGUACAGGAUAAGAGUUGUGUACAAUAAAUCGUCCAAAAUUUAAAACAGUU